AUGCUGCAGAGUGUUACCCGAUUGAUCGCCGCGGUGGCUGUUGUAUCAUUAUUGCCCUUGUCACUGACCGAUCCCGCUUCGGACUGCCCGAACUACGGCGAUUUCUCCCAACAGCACCAUGAACCGUUUUCCUCAGGAGCAUGGCGUCUCAGUUCCCAACGCCCCGAGUCGCGCUGUCGAACUUUCAAUUCGACCAUCGUCGAGGACGAGAUCAGACGAAUGGAGAAAACCAUCAACGACCCGGAUCUGUUCCGGUUGUUUGAGAAUACGUUCCCAAAUACGCUCGAUACGGCAAUCAAAUGGCGGGGCGUGGCAGCGAAUAAUUCUAACGAGGAGUUGACCUUUGUGAUAACAGGAGAUAUAAACGCCAUGUGGAUACGCGACUCAGCAAACCAAAUCGCGCCAUACCGGUACCCAAUUCUGCAAAACGCAGAGGACGAUAUUGCGUCCGUCUUCCGCGGCGUGAUUAAUCUGCAGGCUCGGUAUUUGGUUAUAUCUCCUUAUUGCAAUUCUUUCCAGCCCCCGCCAGAGAGCGGUAUCCAGCCAGAGUACAAUGGCGGGCAAUACAAUGUCAUUCCCGCGUACGAACAGAACGUGGUGUUUACCUGUAAUUUCGAGUUGGACGACUUUGGCGCCUUCUUACAGAUUUCUCAUGAUUACUACAACUCGACAGGAGAUUUGGCGUUCUUUGGGAAGUUUCAGUGGAUUUACGCUGUACAGUCCAUCAUGGGUGCGUCGCGAGCUAUGCAGGAGCCGACUUACGAUGAUGAUGGACGUUGGGUUAGGCCGGCUUAUACCUUUCAAUCGCUAACCAUGACUUCCUCCGGGACUCUAUCAAACAACGGCAUCGGCAACCCGGUGAAUCGAACAGGUCUCGUGAGAUCACCCUUUCGCCCCAGCGAUGAUUCUGCCACUUACGACUUCCUCAUACCCGCCAACAUGAUGCUCUCACGGUAUCUCGAAUCUAACGCAAACAUCAUGGACCAACUUCCGAGCGCCCCGAAAGGUCUUGCAGACGAAAUGCGCGACAUGGCCGCCGAAAUUCGUGCCGCGAUCCAGAACUGGGGUAUCGUCAGGGCACCCAACGGCAAGAUGAUCUACGCUUAUGAGGUGGACGGCUACGGAGGGCAGAACCUCAUGGACGAUGCCAAUGUGCCCUCGCUGCUAUCGGCGCCGUUUCUGGGGUAUAGCAACAGGGAGGAUGAGGUGUACCAGAACACGAGGAAAUUUGUGCUCAGUCGAGGUAAUCCGUUUUGGUGCUCUGGGCCCGUAAUUAACGCGGUGGGGUCCCCGCAUAUCAGACCUGGGGCGGCUUGGCCGAUGGCGAGUAUCAUGAGGGUUAUAACGAGUGAUGAUGAUCAGGAGAUUCUUUCGAAUAUUAAAGCGGUACUGAUGAGUACGGAUGGGCUGGGGUUGGUUCAUGAGAGUGUGGAUAGCUAUGAUGCUAGCACAUGGACGAGGCAAUGGUUCACUUGGGCGAAUGGGCUUUUUGCCCAGAUGAUUCUCGAUCUGAAUCAAAGGAAGCCGGCGCUUUUGAAAGAGAGCUUUCAGCCAACAUUCGUAGAUUGA